ACCAAAAACCCUCCCCAAAUCCUUUAUAAGCCCCAAGGAGCACUAAAAAGCUCCAAAAACGGCUCCAGGCGAGCCCCAAAGCCCUGAGGGGGACCCUGAGGGGAGCCCUGAGGGGGCUCUGAGGGGGCCCCUCCCCCCUCCCCGUCAGAAAGGCGGGAACCGCAACUCCCGCCAAAUCUCGCGAGAUCUCCGCCUGCCGCCGUUGCUAUGGAGACGCGGGGGGGGGGGGGAAGAACCCGGAAGUGUCGCGCAAGCGGCGGCGCAAGGGCGCUGAGGAGGCCCCGGCCCCGCUCCCGGCCUAAAGUCGCCGUUGUCGCCGCCGUUGUCGCCGCCGCCGCCAUGGAGGCGACCGCGCCGAAGCGGAAGGAGCCGCGCAAGCCGCUGCGGAUUAAAGUCAUCUCCAUGGGCAACGCGGAGGUGGGCAAGAGCUGCAUUAUAAAGCGCUACUGUGAGAAAAGGUUCGUUCCCAAAUACCUGGCGACCAUCGGUAUCGACUACGGCGUCACCAAAGUGCAGAUCAGAGACCGAGAGAUCAAAGUGAACAUCUUUGACAUGGCGGGGCACCCUUUCUUCUACGAGGUGAGGAACGAGUUUUACAAGGACACACAGGGAGUCAUCCUGGUCUACGAUGUCGGCCAGAAGGAGUCGUUCGACGCGCUGGACUCGUGGCUGGCCGAGAUGAAGCAGGAGCUGGGCCCUCACGGCAACAUGGACAACGUCGUCUUCGUUGUCUGUGCAAACAAGAUCGACUGCACCAAGCACCGCAGCGUGGAUGAAAGCGAGGGGCGGCUGUGGGCAGAGAGCCGGGGCUUUCUUUACUUUGAAACGUCAGCACAAACGGGAGAGGGAAUCAACGAGAUGUUCCAGACUUUCUACUCUGCCAUCAUCGACCUGUGCGACAACGGCGGGAAGCGGCCCCCCUCCAGCGUGGGGGUCAGCUUCACCAAAGAGCAGGCGGAUGCCAUUCGGAGGAUCCGCAACAGCAAGGACAGCUGGGACAUGCUGGGAGUCAAGCCCGGAGCCACCAGGGACGAGGUGAACAAAGCCUACAGGAAGCUGGCCGUGCUGCUCCACCCCGACAAGUGCGUGGCUCCCGGCAGCGAAGACGCCUUCAAAGCCGUGGUGAACGCCCGGACUGCGCUCCUCAAAAACAUCAAGUAGGGAUCGGAGGCCCUCAGAGCUGGAAAUCUUCCCCUCCUCCUCCUCCUCCUCCUGGUCAGCCCCACGGCUUGUGGGGCGCUCCCUUUCCUCCUCAAAUCUACCCGCUGGCACGGACACCGAGUAGGGGAGCGAGAGCCCAACGUGCUCAGGAUGUGUUAUAAAGGGAGGAGAUGGCGAUGUGAGGAAGAGGAGGGGUUGCUCGAGGAAACCUCUGCUGCUGCGGGAAGGAACUGGCUCCAGGGAGCGUCCAGUUCCUCCCCAAAUCGUUGUGGUGCCAAGGACGGUCCCUUUGGAAGGAUGAAGGCUCUUCCCCCAAGCACCCUCCUCAUCACAGCACCUCCCUGAGCUAAACCCGGCAGGGAGAGCCCCAAAAGCUGCAGCCCCUCACGCCCCACGCUCCCUCUCGAGUUACACCCCCCGUGGCAACACGUUAGGCAUGGCCGGGUGAGACAGCACCCCAAAAACCGCAGCGCCCCUACCCCUUUUUUGGCAUUCCUUGGUGGUCACCCCAAAAAAUGCCUGGAGGGGCUUGGGAUCCAUCUGGGGGUGUCCCUAACCCACCCCCAGAUUAUCCUUUUCAUUUUUUUUCCUUCCUGUGGUCGGUACAAUUUGUAUUUAUUUAUUUAUUUCUUCA